CUUGCACAAAACAAAUGUAUGUUCACCAAUCUUCCCUACUCCUUAACAAUUUAGUACCCACACCUUUCUUUAACAGCUUCUCAUCCUAUACCACCAUUUACAGAACCAACAAUGGCUGAUGGCCAGUUAAAGCCCGUUGCAGCGGUACUCUUAAUCCUCAACUUCUGCAUGUUUGUCGUGGUUCUAGGCAUUGGUGGAUGGGCAAUGAACAGAGCUAUUGAUCAUGGCUUCAUCAUAGGUCCAGGAUUUGAUCUUCCAGCACACUUUUCUCCUAUAUACUUCCCAAUGGGAAAUGCAGCCACAGGAUUCUUUGUAGUGUUCGCUUUGAUCGCGAGCGUGGUUGGUGUUGCAUCAGUCAUCGCUGGAUUCAACCACGUUCGUUUUUGGCACACCAGCAGCUUGCCUUCUGCUGCUUCUGCUGCCACCAUUGCUUGGAGCCUUACCCUCCUUGCCAUGGGGUAAGACAUUUACUAUUAUGUCU